GAGCUGGUGUCCAAGCAGAAGACAUGGAGAGAAGACUGCACGCAGCGUUCCUGUUGUUUCUGCCUCUGCUGAGCGUCAGCUGCGUCUCCAACCAAAAAACCACAGUCUCCUGGUGCGUUCAGUCAGAUGCCGAGGAGCAGAAGUGUUUGGAUUUAGCAGGAAAUGCCACAGCCAGGAAGGUUAAAGGAACCCUGGUGUGCGUCCGCGGCCUCAACACUCGAGACUGCAUGAAUAAAAUCAAGAAUGGGACAGCCGACGCAGCGUCCAUGUUGGCUGAUGACGUGUACGCAGCAGGUUUCUGCCACGGCCUGGAGCUCGCAGCAGGAGAGUCCCACAACGGAGUAGAUGGCAUCAGCUACUACGUGGUGGCGAUGGCCCGUCGCUCUUCUUCGGACUUGUCCCUGCUGGAGAUGCACGAGCGCAGCUCCUGUCACCCCGGCAUACGGACCACCGUGGGCUGGACCGUCCCCAUCGGCUACCUGGUCAACACGUCCCAAGUCAGUGUAGGGGAGCAGUGCAACUUCCCCAAAGCGGUGGGGAACUUCUUUGGUUACAGCUGCGUGCCCGGUGUGAAGGACCCCCAGCACGACCCCAAAGGCAACAACCCAAAGAACCUGUGUGAGGCCUGCAUAGGAGACGAGAACGACCGACACAUCUGUGCCAACAACCUCAGGGAGAGACACUACGGAGAGGCGGGGGCACUGAGGUGUGUGGCUGAAAACCUCGGUGACGUUGCUUUUGUCAAACACACAACGGUCUUCAAUAACUUGGAUGGUCACACACAAUCUCAUAGACAUAUGGACGUACAGAACACGCCAAUGCACGCUCUUUCUUGCCCUCAUGCCCUAAAUGCUGUGACACCCUCUCUCCUGCAGAAUGCGUUUGGCAACAGCACAGAGGGCUUCAGCCUGUUCAGCUCAGCAGGCUAUGGCCAAUCCGAUCUGCUCUUCAGCGAUGCCACCUACCUCCUGCAGAGAGUUCUGGGUAGUUACACAUCCUGGCUGGGCCCCACCUACACCACCAUGCUGCAGGCCUUCGAGUGCGAGGGCUUCUGCUGAUGGAAGAGGGGGAGAGAUCCAGCGCACCAACUUCCACCCC